UGUGAGAAGCUGUGAACACUAUCACUGUAAUCAGAACAACUUCAAGAAGUUGUCGUCUGGCUUGCAUGAUAAGGAAAUGCAAAUCAUUUUUUUACAUCCCCUUUCAAAGUGUUGAAACUUCCUUUUUUUGUAAAGUCUCAUUCUCGGAGUGAGGCUGUGUGUGACAGACUGAUACAAGUGGGUCCUCUGAGAAAUCCAGUUGUAGUCCCACAUGAGAUGGAGGCUCAGACAGUCACGUGGUUGGUUUUUCUGGCCCUAAUAAAACAUGUUUCUACAAAUAAGCCUGGAAGUCCUGCUGAAUACCCGCCCACUGAACCUAAACUGUCUAUGAGGUCUGAGGUCACAGAAGGUCAGACCAUCACCAUCAGCUGCACUGUUGAAAGUUUCCCACAGUCAAUUCUCACCUUGAUGAGGAUCAACACAAAUAAUCGGGCGGAAAUAAUCCCUGAAACUAAUCUUAAUUCACGACCCAUCAACUCUCUCUACCACACGUUUAAUGUGACUUCAGCCAACGCUGGCUGGUACUUCUGCCGUGCCCAGAUCAAAGAGGUCUAUAAGGACAGCCAGCUGAAGGAGUUGGUGGUGAAAUACCCGCCCACUGAACCUAAACUGUCUAUGAGGUCAGAGGUCACAGAAGGUCAGACCAUCACCAUCAGCUGCACUGCUGAAAGUUUCCCACAGUCAACUCUCACCUUGAUGAGGAUCAACAAAUAUCAUCAGACUUUAGAAGUCACUGAAAAUAAUCUUUAUUCACGACCCAUCAACUCUCUCUCUUACACGUUUACUCUGACUUCAGCCGACGCUGGCUGGUACUUCUGCCGUGCCCAGAACACUGAGGGCUCAAAGGACAGCAAGCAGCAGGAGUUGGUGGUGAAAUACCCGCCCACUGAACCUAAACUGACUAUGAGGUCUAACGGCACAGAAGGUCAGACCAUCACCAUCAGCUGCACUGCUGAAAGUUUCCCACAGUCAACUCUCACCUUGAUGAGGAUCAACACAAAUCAUCAGUCUUUAAUAAUCACAGAAAAUAAUCUUUAUUCACGACCCAUCAACUCUCUCUACCACAAGUUUACUGUGACUUCAGCCGACGCUGGCUGGUACUUCUGCCGUGCCCAGAACACUGAGGGCUCAAAGGACAGCAAGUGGAAGGAGUUGGUGGUGAAAUUUUCUCUAAACCACACACACAUCACGGAGUCGGCAGAGAAGCAGGAGCCUGAUGGGAGGAGCUCCGUGAUGCUGAGCUGCUUCAGUCACAGCUUUCCCCCAGUUCACAACUACUCAUGGUACAGGAAGAGUCAGGGAGAGGAACAGGAUGAACUUGUGUCAGAGCAUCAAAACCACACAGUGUACUCAAACCAGCCAGGAGUCUACUACUGCGUCGCACAAAAUGAUGUAGGUCGACGCUGGUCUGAUCCCGUCCAUCUGUUUGAACGAAACUAUCUGGACAUCCUGAAGUUCCUCCUUCCUGCUCUAUUUGUCCUGAUGAUUAUCAUUUUAAUCAUCGUAGUUUUAAGAUUCAGGAAAAAAAAAUCUAUUCAACAAGGAACAACAAACACCAAAUCCCCUUCUGGUUUUUCGGAGCAGUUGAGUCGUCCAGACGCCCCUGGAUGCCAGCCUCUUCCAGACAGCACGCCUCCGACCGACAUCAACCUUGUUUACAGCAGUUUGAAUCUGCCCCAGGCUGCCUCUGCACGAAACCCCACAAGACGAGAUGGAAACACAGAGGACUAUUCUGUCCACUACGCUCCUCUGCACUUUAAGACUAAUAUAAAGAAGAAGCAAAGAAAGGUGGAAGAAGACUCUGUGUAUGCGAUGGUGUCUAACCCAACGCAAGUUAAAAAAGAAUGAACCAGAGAGCCUGCAGGACUAUGAUGACAUUAGUAAUGCAACUGCACGUGCACCAACAUCUCCAAAUCUAUUUGACAACCACACCAGUGAAGGUGAAGGGGAGCUGAACUUUCCACAGGUGAGAUUCACAGCGACGCCCCGACGUCAGGCGACCAACAGAGACUCCAGCAGCUCACACCAAGAUGAGAGUUAAAACUCUGACGUCAGGAUUUGACCCGAGAUGUUCUCCUCCUGCUUUUUACAGCUACCUCGGGCCUGAGGAAGUUUAUAUUCACAAUAAGUCAUCACAGAGAGUCUGAAGGGUUCAUGUGUUAAGCAAAAUAGGUCGUAAUUGUAAAUCUAUAGUAAUGUAAGCUGCUCAACAAACAUUAUGCAGCUACAACAAAAUCAUGCAUGUUGCCAUUAGGAGUAUUUUAAAACUAGUUUGCAAGAAUUCACGGAAGUUACAUUACUGAGUUAAAAUGGAUAAAUAUUUACAAAUGUUAAUUAAAAGUUUUGGGGAAAUAGAGUGAAGUAAGCAAAAUGUGAGGGAUGAACGGUUAAAAUCCUUAUUUUGCAACUUAAAAUGUAAAUAAUAUGAGUGUUAAACGAUUGUAUAUUAUAACUUCAUAUAUAAUUGUUGGGACCUGGUAUUUGUGAACUACUUUUGAUUGGCCUUCAUGUGAAGUCAAAAGCUUGAAGCCGCAUGUCCUUUGUUCUGGAGAAAACCAGAAUUCAGUCUCCCAGGGUUCCUGAACCUCACACAGAGGUGUGAAAACCGACUGGAGACACAAGUGUCAACCACUAUUGGUCAAUCUGGGCCCCAUGACCUAUGAUGUCACCAAGCCAAUAUAAGGCCAGGUCUCUCUCUCUUCAUUCUCUUUCCAUGCAACGCCGAGGGGAGAAGUCUGGCUUGUCCAACUCCUCGUCCUGCCGGAGAACUUCAAACAGCAAAACCACUGUUCUGCACAACAGAACCACAAAGGCAGGAGCCACACAACCAGCAAGACGACUUCACAGAACUUCCCACAGCAAAGCAACUUUUUUUCCCUUUCCAUGGACAGUUACACAACUGGGCUUAAUAAUUAUACUAGGUGAUAUUUAUAAGUUUGAUUUGUGUUGCUGUGAUAUUUUGGUUACAAGUUAUUUGAAAGUUAAUGUUAGUUCUGCUCUUCAGUCUCCUUGCAUGCAUCUAGUAACUUUCUCUAGUUUGGCACCAACACAGACACACGCAUGUCUCUUCACCCAUCUCUCUGACCCCGGCCACAUGUCGUAAACAUUCCAAAGGGGGGAGUCAGUUAUCUUCGGAGUAGCCAACCGCCAUUUUGGAAGCAAGCUCACACACACAGGCAAACACACAUGCAUACUCGCAUACAUAUCUUUAUUUAGUAAGUUCACCGUUAGUAAUUUGUGUUUCUUUACUUUAUUAUAUUUAUGAUAAAUGUUUUUCUUUCGCAAAUGUUAAUUCAUUAAUGUUGCAUAAGUGAAUUUCGCCAACCUCUACACUGUCAAGAACUCUAUAUCCUUCAACUUAGCUAGUUAUCUAUAUUGUAAUUGUGGUUAUAGUUAUGACUUUAAUGUUUAAUCAAAGUUUUGUAGUUAGUACUUUUAUGAGACUUAAUCAAUAAAUUGGCUAUAUUUUCCCUUCCUUUGAAGGGUGGUGCCCUGAGGUUACUCGGGGCACUGAGUUACCUCACCAGGUAAUCAACCAGGUAAUCAAUUAAAGUUAUUAUUUAAUGCUUAUAUUCAAUAUUUUAUUUUUGUAACCACAUUUAUUGAAUGCUGUAAAGCACAUCAUUUUAUGGAAUCUCGUUUAAUGCAUUAUUGCCCAACACAAUUUAUAUAUAUAAAUAGCAUACAGUUAGACAAGAAAUGCUGAGAAUCAGUGCUGAAUGUUUUUUUUUUUUGUACAUUCCAGUUUUGUGAACUUAAUCCAAACCAACACCUGAAAUGUAAAUAUCCUGUCGCUCAAAAUGUAAUAUGUUGGAACAAAUGAUGAACUUUAAAGUUUAUUGACAUUAUUGUUGGAUUUGUGAAUAUGUCCCAGCACAAAAGGGUUUCUGAAAAAUGCUUGUACACACAAAAUGCAUUGCAUCAUUAAAUGGACAUUAUCUUGUUUUGCAUUUCUAAUAACGGACCAUGUAAACCUUUGAUUUACUUGAGUUAAGUUAUAAGUUAUAAAUAAAAUCAAGUAUAUGACUAUAACCUGAA